AUGGAGGAGUGGCAUGGAGAGUGCCAGAUCAGCCAAACUCACUGUCUUCUCUUUCCUUUCCAGAUUUUGGCAAUCAUUUCCAUCAUGUUUAUUGUACUAUCUACAAUUGCCUUGUCCCUAAACACACUUCCUGAAUUACAAGGCAUGGAUGAAUUUGGGCAGACCACAGAUAAUCCUCAACUUGCCCAUGUGGAAGCUGUGUGCAUUGCAUGGUUUACAAUGGAAUACCUCUUGCGGUUCCUAUCCUCGCCUAAGAAAUGGAAGUUUUUCAAAGGCCCACUGAAUGCUAUUGAUUUGCUAGCUAUCCUACCAUACUAUGUCACUAUCUUUCUCACAGAAUCCAAUAAAAGUGUACUUCAGUUCCAAAAUGUACGACGAGUGGUCCAAAUAUUUCGGAUUAUGAGGAUACUCCGGAUUCUAAAGCUUGCCCGGCACUCAACGGGUUUACAAUCCUUGGGGUUUACACUGAGGAGAAGUUACAAUGAGCUUGGCUUACUCAUCUUGUUUUUGGCCAUGGGCAUUAUGAUCUUUUCCAGCUUAGUGUUUUUUGCAGAAAAGGAUGAGGACGAUACAAAAUUCAAGAGCAUCCCAGCUUCUUUCUGGUGGGCAACAAUCACCAUGACAACAGUAGGCUAUGGAGAUAUCUACCCCAAAACACUUUUAGGUAAAAUAGUAGGAGGACUGUGCUGCAUUGCUGGAGUGCUGGUGAUUGCUCUUCCUAUCCCAAUUAUUGUCAAUAACUUCUCUGAGUUCUACAAAGAGCAGAAGAGGCAAGAGAAAGCCAUUAAGCGCAGAGAAGCUCUUGAAAGGGCCAAAAGGAAUGGUAGUAUCGUCUCCAUGAACAUGAAGGAUGCAUUUGCCCGAAGCAUAGAACUUAUGGACAUUGUGGUUGAAAAGAAUGGAGAAAGCAUAGCCAAAAAGGAUAAAGUUCAGGACAAUCAUUUAUCUCCCAACAAAUGGAAAUGGACCAAGAGAACGCUCUCUGAAACUAGCUCUAGUAAAUCUUUUGAAACAAAAGAACAAGGAUCUCCAGAAAAAGCUAGGUCAUCUUCAAGCCCCCAACACCUGAAUGUCCAACAGCUAGAAGACAUGUAUAACAAAAUGGCAAAGACUCAGUCACAGCCAAACCUUAACACUAAAGAGUCAAGUCAACCUGGAAAGCAAAAGGAAGAGCUAGAAAUGGAGACCCUUCCUGGCCCUAUGGUGCCCUUGCUGACAACUCGCACCGAUGGGAUCAUUGACAUGAGGAGCAUGUCCAGUAUUGACAGCUUCAUAAGUUGUGCUGCAGAGUUCCCUGACUCCGGGAGGUUUUCCCACAGCCCACUCGCUACCCUUCCCUGCAAAGGUGGCGUUAAUGUGAUUCAGGAGCAGAGCAGAGCAGAAGGGAGCAGUGCCAGAUUUGCAGAAAUAAGCUCUGAAGGCAGCCACCGUUCUGCUUUUUUCAUAGAAAGUCCAAAAAGCUCCAUAAAGGCCAGUAACCCUUUAAAACUAAGAUCUCUGAAAGUCAACUUCAUGGAGGAGGACGCCAGCACAUUAGUACCAGCAUCAAAUGUCCUGAGAAUAUAUCCAGACACUCUCAAGAGCAGGGGAGCUGCUGCUGCCACCGUCACAGAUACUUCUUUACUCUCUGACAGAUCUCUCAUGAGCCCAGAAACCUCCAUCUACACAACUGCAAGUGCGAGAACACCUCCAAAGUCACCAGAGACACAGACAGCCAUAGCUUUCAACUUCCAUGAUGCCGGUAUUCACAAAUACAUAGAUGCUGACACUGAUGACGAAGGUCAGCUGCUUUAUGAUUCAAGUCCUCCUGGAAAUGUGAGUCCUAAGUACAAUGUUACAAACAUUGGUUAUCUAAAGCAAAAGGACAAUGUUUAUAGAACAGAGAAGAACCAUCUAGAAGCUGCUGCUUUACCCACCUCCCCUAAGCUAAUAGGGCAAAACUGCAUUUAUUCUAUGGAAGGUAUCACUGGAAGAACCCAGGGCAAUCAGGAGACUGUCAGACUAGAAAAUCACAUUUCCCCAGAAGUCCACGUAUUACCAGGCAGUGGAGGACAUGCUAACACACAUGAUCAAAGCAUCUGAACAGGCUCCAAGAGAACUUACUGAAAGUUUAAAGGAAUGUCCAUACAGUCAACUCAAAAAAAAAAAACAAAAACAACAAAAAACAACAAAAAAACAAACAAACAAACAAAAAAAAAAAGAGCUUCUGCAUGGCAUGAACUUGGCUGAAACAAGCCAUCUGUUUCUAAAAGUCUGAGGGGAGGUCCAGUGUGGGUUUGUGAAAAUGUCCUUCUCUGAAACAACUCUAAAGACAUUGCCCACAUCAGUAAAAAAUAAGGAUUGCAAAUCAUGAUCACACAUUGAUCUCCUUUCAUGUUGUCCAGUGAAGCCAAUGUGACCAAAUAUCCAUCCAUUCCCCUUGAACGCUAGAGCUCCUUUUGGAAAUAUUAACACCUGAUUUGCGUUAGUUCCAUAAAGGAUGCCAAGGCAGCCAGAUAUGAACUCUGGAAUAAUUUGCUGGGGUUGGUAUAAAGCUAUCUAAAACACAAUGCUCUCUGCUUCAGGGCAGCUGUUCCUCAUUUACAGCUUUCUCUGAUGGAUAUUAUAUCUAAAGGUAACAGGGAACACUUGCAUUAUUAGAAAAAUCCAAGUGAAAACCAUUUAAAACAAAUAGCGGUCUAGAGAAACCAGUUAUUAAAAUGCUCUGUGUGUGUUUAACAAUACUAUAUCCUGUAGGACCUGACGUUUUCUUUUGAAACAUCAGCAGGGUGAGUUGCACCACUUGUAUCUAACUCCAAACACCCCUUAGGACGUAGUGAAACUCGCACUUACCCUCUGCUAAAAUUAAAAGCUGCCCUUGGGCCAGCACAUGGCCCCUGGGGCACACACAGCCCAUGCUGGGAAGGUGUGAAGGAGCCAUGCAGAAGCAGGGAUCUCCGGCAGCAUCACAGCCCCCUUCCCACAGCUGGGGAGCGUGGGGUUAGAAGGGGAGCUCAGCUCCUCUCUGGGCUCCCGGCUGCACCAUGGCAGCUCCCGGCCAUACAGGGAUGGCCAAGUGCAGUAGCUGGCCCUGAGGUUUGGUCCGGGCAUGGCCGGCUCCUCGGUCCUACCCUUCCCGCCCGCACCCUGACUUCAGGCAUCAGCUGAAGUCUUGCCCUUGGUGUAGGAGAGGAACCAGUUGGUCUGAAGCUUUUCACGCCCACGUGGCGUGGUGAAAGAUAUGCAAGCGUUACAUAAAUAUGCAAAAAGAGGGAUUCUUUAGCUACCCGCCCCGGGCCUGGUUGUGCUCUCUCUUGUGAGGAGGUUGGGUGGGAGCAUCUCCUGUCGUGUUGGUGCAUCCAGCAGCACAGGAAGACUGCCAGAGACAGCAGGACCAGGCCUGAUGUUUUAAUAGCAUCCACUCAUUUUUAAGUGAAAGAAGAAAAAAAAUAAAAAAAAAAUAAAAAAAAAGAUUUGACCAUUUUAAGUGAACAGAACUAGCAGCCACCAGCCUAGGUUUUUAAAAUAUUAUUGUUUCAAUAAAGUUCUGUCAAAUUGUGUAGGAAAUAAUUUGUCUUUGGUUUUUAAUACUGGGGGGGAAAAGCACUUUACGUUGACUUUUUGUUGUUGUUGUUGCAAUGCUGGAGUAGGAUAGCAGAGUGUAACAAUCAAGCACUUUAACCAAGCACUAUUUUAAUUUGUGCCUCCUGUCGUGACUGUGAUUUGUUACACACCGGUAGCAAGUCACAACCUGUCCUGUGAUAACUGUGAUGGUAAUCUUUUGUGUUGUUAUCCGUUUCUACUGUAAAACUCAGUUGUAAAUAACUCUGUCAAUAAGUGUUUCCUGACCUAUUUUGGAGCACCUGCCGGGGCGUGUAGCUAUCUGCAUGCAACAAGUCUUGGGGCGUGCGGAGGCAUGGGACUCGGGAGCGGAGGCGCACGCUGGAGGAAGACUAUAACCAUGCGAGCCCGCUGCAUUUUGUCCCUUCCCCUUGUGAAAAAGCCGUUGGUUGGUCCUGAAUGUAACUGUCUGUCCGUCCGAGCUGUACAGUACUUCUGUCUGUAAUCCAUAAUAGUGAAUGCAGCAUGUACGGACAAAAGCAAUAAGCACAUAUCUGUUUUAGGAACUGUUAUGGGUUACAAUGAUAGCUUUGCUAGGUCUCUCCGUGGCACAAACCCUCACGCAUGCUGGAGCGGUUGUCCCACUGGGCUCCUGGCGGUGGGAUGCAGCCCAAGGCACUGCUCACACGUCCUCCUUGCCUCCUGCAAGGACAGGCCCUAGGGAAUGCGCAAGUGAGACCUGAGCCACCACCUCACGAAUUCGCCCGCUGGCAGUGGAAGAGGCCUCGUGUCAUGCAGAGAAUUACGUGGGAGGUACUCAAACUCAGUGAGUUGCUCGAACUCCGUGCGAGCAAACUGUGCUCUCCAGGGUAUUUACACAGGGCCAAUUCCUGAGGUUCCUCAGCUUUUGCUCUGUCUUCACUCAGUCAAAACCACCAUUCCUCCAAAUGGGCUCUUUGCCUGGUGAAGGACUUUAGGAUUUGGCCAUAGUAAAUACAAGUGUACUUAAAGGAACUGACGUAUUGCUAGUUAAGAUUGAGUCGUUACGAAGAAGUAAAGUGACUUUCCAGCAGAUAAGCUUUAAAUACCGAUUUAUUCUAUGGCUUUCCGAGGCCAUAGAGUGGCAAUGAGAAAUUUUAACGAGAACAGUCUUAACAUAACCUCUAUGUUUCAGUGAUCAUUCAUGUCUGCCAUCAGCACAAAUGUAAAAAGAAAAAAAAAAAAAUCAGGGACAAUUUUUUUGAUAAAGUAAGUAAUAGUGAUUUCCAAGCUAAAUAUUUUUAGAGCUGAUGCUUUCAUGUGGAAAAAAAGUCAUAUUUUACAUAUCACAAAAGUGAGCAUAUUUAAAUAUAGCCAUAUAGUGUAGUAUUUACCACACUUUCAUCCAAAUUGAUGUAUUUGGUUUAUAGAUGGCACUGACAAAAAUGUAUAGAUCAAGGAUUCUAUCAUUUUUAACUGAUAAUCAACUGGUGCAACUCUCCUUGUAACCAAAGGCCCUCUGUUUGCCUUGUGUGUUUACUUACGACACAUAUCUUAUAUCAUCUAUUUAGUCCUACCUUUAAAGUAGCAUUUUAUUGAGUCACUUUUGAAAGCCAAAUUCAAAAGUAUCAUUAAAAAUCUACCUUUUAAGUCUGAAUAGCCAAAGUCCUAUAGAUUUCUUAUAGAAAGCAAAUAAUUUAAAAUUGAGCAUAUAAUAUGCUUGAAGAGCAUUUCUUUCUUAUUUGUGUAUGAAGAUGUAGCUCUCAUUUUGUGCCCAGUUAAAAGGAAGUAUGUUUAAUUUAUUUUAAUGAAAUAAAGUCUGAUUAUGAAGUAUGUACCUAUAUAUGUGUGUGUGUGCAUAAUACACAUAUAUAUAAUGUAAGCACUGGGAAAUCUACUCUAACGUAAAGCUAUGGUAGACUAAAUCUGUACUCAUUACAAAAGGAAAGGCAGUGCUUUGAAAACAUAGUGCUCACUAAAUCCUAUAGAUACUAGAAAGACAAUUUCAUUUUAUAGUUUGUUUGGUACAUAUCUCCCAGAGCUCAUCAAAGUAGGAGCAAAUAUGCAAUAUCUCUUGCAUCAAGCUAAAGUGUGCAGUUUAAUCACUGAUAUGUGGCAUUCAGGUCUGUGAACUUACUGUGUAUCCUGGAUCAAGCAAGAUGACAGUUUCACCUGCUGCUGCUGCAGAAGACAUCGUAUCUGAAAGGACUAUGUACGUGUGAUGUCUGCUCUUGCUUGUGUCUUACGCCAUCAACACCAUUUUUAAUACAUAUAUAUAAAUAUAUAUAUAUAUAUAUAGAACAUAUAUAUUUGCAGGAGGAAUGGGUGCAGUUUUCUUAACUAGGAAGCAAACAAAGAUCCUUUGAGUUUUAGCCUUGAACAAAGGAAGGCAGCAGUCACUUAUUGCAGUAGAUUUCUCAGUGCCUUUUCUUAGAAACUUCACCUAAGCACACUUACAGAAAACUAAAUAAAACAAAACAGUCUCCUGUGAAAUCCACGUUUUCUGAAAGGUUUGAGAGUCUAUAAAGGUAGAAAAAGAAGAAAAAAAAUAAAGAGGAAAAGAAAACCCAAGGAACGCACAUUCCCUUUCUCAACAUGCCGAGUGUCACAUGCCGGGGAAUUUGUCUGUGCAAGGCACGCAGGAAGGAGUCCAAGGCGGUUGGUUUCUUUGGCAACUAUGGCUGUGAUAAACUGUAGCCUUUUCUUCCCUUGCAGCUAAUAAGAUUCACAUUUCUAAGGAAAACAGUAUUCUCUUCUGUAAAGUUGUAAUGUAUUGUUAAUAUUUGUACCUAUUGUAUAUUUAUGUCUUGACAGAAUUAUGACUGGUACAGUUUAUAGUAAACAACAAGGGUAUUUAAAACUCAUUACAAAGACAACGUCUCUAAAGCCAAGUUCUCUCUCUGUUGGUAAGUUCCCCAUAACACGAUCUCCCAUAGUUCUUAAUGCCUCAUUUCAAAGCAAGCAGUAGAAUUACUGAGUAAAGCAGCGGAGUGAUUGGGACUGCGUGGCACUGAUGCCCUUCGUGAAGCUCAGGAGCAAGAUGGGGAGGUGGGCUUCCCAGCAGCUCCAAAUUGGCUCCAACUUCUUCAGCAAAGCGCUCAUGUUUGGUCAGUCACUUCUGCUUAUGGUAACUGAACAGAACAAGUGUUACCUUAGAUGCUUUAGGAUCAGCCACUUGGGGAGAAUAUGGCUUUAAAUAGUUCUUGAAUAAAGUACAGAUGUUUUAGUUACCUCUGUACCUUCUGUUUGCCAUUGUGUUGGCUUUAUAAGUAUCUGAUGUAUGGAAAAGUCAUGUGACUUUCAUGCAUUCCAGAGUAGUCUAUUUUUCUGUUCAGAUAAAAAAAAAUUAUAUAUAUAUAUAUAAAAUAUAAAUAUAUAUAUAUGUAUUUUUAGCAAAUUUAUAAUAGGGCAAUCAAGUCAGAUCUCUUCUUUUUGUAUUACAGAAUAAUAUAUUAUAUGCUUUCUUGUUCAUUUGCAUAGCUGGUCCCUAAUUUUUUGUUGUCAUCGUUUUCCUUCAUUCUGAAAACACCCGCAACAUCCCUUCUGGAAGUGAGUCUGCAAAAGGUUAAGUUUCUCUGAUGUUGUCAUGUUUUUGUAUUUUCCUGUUUGUGGUAUGUAAAAAUAGCCAGAGAUUGGCUAUGGAAACUAAGUUGUACUUUCUGAGAAACAAAGAAGUGGCCAAACUGUCCUCGGUUAUGGCAGUACUGGUACAUAACAGCCAAUGCCACUGGCUUCAGCAUUAACCAUAGCCUGGGUUACAGUGGAGUUUUUCCAGAUUUACAUCAAUUAAGAUGAGAGCAUGAAGAGACAGAAUUUGAAUCUGAUUGUCCUAAUUAUUAUGAUAGAAUUGGGAUAAGUAUCUCAUUUCAGUUUUAAUCAAAAUAGAAAAGUCAGACUCUUAUUUCAAUUGCAGUGACCUAGCAGUUCCCAGGCAAAACUCCCUCUCUAGCUUCUACAUCCAGGGGAAAUUUCCCUGGGUUAAAACAGAAGGAUCAAGACUUAUUUCUCACUGGGUUUUUGGAAUUUCUAUUUUCAGUCCCAGAUAAAAUCAAGAAAUGGA